GAGAUGAGGUCUGGGAAUGAGGAGAAUUUGGUUGAUUUCUUUAAAGAAGUCAGGUGGUCAAAGAAAAAUGACAAAUUUGUGACUCCCAUGACGGAAGAGAAAUAUAAUGAGAUGGCAGCAAAAAUGGCAGAGCUGGAGCCUGAGAAGCAAACUAAGGAGGCUGCUGCAACAAUAUUUAAGGAAGUUUUGGGCCACAGGCCAGGGUAUGUACGGGGUCUUGGCGAGAUGGUUAUUCCCGAGUCAUCUAGACAAUCAACUAAUGCUCGAAUAGUAGAAUUAACUGAACGUGCAGAAAGAAGUGAGAAAGAAACUGCACAUUAUAAGACUUUACAUGAUGACUUACGAGCGAAUGUCAUGUUAUUAAUGGAGAAACAAGACAAGUACGACAAGUUUUUGGAGAGAUAUGAGUUAGAGAGGCAGACCCAGGGAGAGUCUCAUAAAGAGACUCAGGGACCUGCAUAGCCAGUUACUAAAUUUGAGGGUAACAAUUUUUUGUCAAUUUUGGUAAGGAGAUGAAAGUUAAAAUAAUAUAACAACAAAAUGUCUCCCAUAUCUCCAGAACCUCCUCUUUUGUACAUCAAUUACUGGUGUGGGGUAGGUAGUAUAUUUUUUGGUUUGAAGAUAUUUUGUAGCUUUUGUCUGGAGAUGUACGUUGCUUUUGCCACCAACAUGCACAUUGGAAGUUCUUGGUCAUCAAUUUACAAUGAAAUUGCUAUAGCAAGUUGUUGAAUGCGAGAUAUCAUAGAGGAAAUCAC